GUAUUGUUAGUGUUUGAUAGUAUAUCUGUCAUUUAUAGAAUCAUAAAUUUUAGGUUGAGGUUAUAAUCGCCGUAUCAACGCUUAUAUUGUUUUUAUAAAUACUAGAUAAUAAAACUAAAGAAACAUGAAGCUAGUGCGUUUUUUAAUGAAAUUGAGUCACGAGACUGUUACAAUUGAACUCAAAAAUGGAAGCGUAGUUCAUGGAACGAUCACCGGCGUCGAUGUUGCGAUGAACACACAUUUGAAAGCUGUAAAAGUAACGCUAAAGAACAAAGAGGAGCUUCAAUUGGAGACAUUGAGUAUACGUGGGAACAACAUUCGGUAUUACUUACUUCCUGACAGUCUACCAUUGGAAACUCUUCUAAUUGAUGAUACACCCAAGGGCAGAGGGAAACGCGAAGGUUUCCAGCGAGGUGGUACUAGAGGCGGUCGUGGUAGAGGAAGAGGCGGACGUGGAGGCCCGAGGGGAGGUCGUGGUGGUCGCGGCCGUGGACGUCGAUAGUCUGUAACCUAGAUCUAAGCUAUUUUAAAACCAAAAGUAAGAUUGGAUAAGUGAUUGUGAUGUAAGUUUAUGUGAAUUAAACAAUUUCCAACUUUGCAUAUUAUUGUUUCUGUUGAUACACUGUUAUAACAGGUAUCUUUACUCUUGAAUCAGUAGAAUGCAAGCCUUGACAUGACAGUAAAUAUUAUCAUUAAUUUUAGGAAAUAUUGAUCAUAAAGAUAAGACAGCUAGGCCUUAUUUUUGUUAGUUCUAUGAUACUUGAUUUCAUAAAUAAUGGUAAUUAUUAAUUGUUUUUUAUCCAUUUUAAACAAGCAGUUCAUAAAUGCUUUAAACUUCAGUGUUCUAGUGACAGACAAUAAAUUCAUUAGUGUUAAAUAAAAGCAUUACUGAUGUUCUAUAAUUUCAGUUUACACUAGAUGUGUGAUAACCAUAUAUAUCACAACACUGGACUGGCUUAUUUAGUUGAAAUGUACCUGGUUUUAAGAAAUAAGUGGUUAGUGACUGAACAAAUAUACACUUCAGAUCCACUCAUCUGCUUGGAAGCCUAAUUUAAAUUCUUUAAUAAAUAUUCUUUUUAUAAAAUAUUUUUAAAGAAAUACAUUAUACUAAAAUAUUAUUGAAUACCAACUAAAUAACAUGUAUAUCAUACUAAGCUCCUUUUAUUUUGAAGUUUUAAAAAUAGACGGACAUAGUAUGUUGCUCUUGGUUGCAUUGUGAAUUGUGAUAUAAUAUUAAAAAAAAACUGCCAGCCAGUGCUUUUAUAUAAUCUAUAUUAAAUUUGGCCAUAGAAAAAUAUGACAAUAUAAUUUGUGACAUUAGAAAACAUGAUUGGUAUAAAUUUAUUGUAUUAGUUUUUAAAUGUGUUUAAAAUAAAAGGGGUAUUUAUUCUCUCAAUGUCUUCAAAAUCUCAAUGGUAUGAGGAUAAUAAAUAAAAAACGCAAUUCUCCAGCUGCAAUUGUGGAUUGUUUCUACAAAAUUAUAAUGGAGGAUGACGAGCCACAGCCUAUGAAGAAUUAUAAGCCAGCUCAG